AUUGCAUGUAUAUACUUCGCUGGACUUUCAAAACUUAAACAACCUUUACUCCGGGCGAGGAGAAUCGACACCCAUUUUUGUUCAGGGCGUGAUAUACCCAAUUUUUCUGCUGAUUUGUUGGAAACAGAAUCGAUGGAUCGGCCGCGGGGUAACUGCGUCUCAUUUUCGCUUCUGAUCUUCUUGGUUGCAGGAUGCCUAUUUGCAUGCUCUAUUGCCAAGGAGGAAGCGGCAAAGUUGGGGACGGUGAUUGGUAUAGAUCUUGGGACUACUUACUCGUGUGUUGGGGUUUACAGGAAUGGUCAUGUGGAAAUCAUAGCCAAUGACCAGGGAAAUCGUAUUACCCCUUCAUGGGUAGCAUUUACAGAGAAUGAGAGACUGAUUGGAGAGGCUGCCAAAAACCAGGCAGCCGUCAAUCCGGAGAGAACAAUUUUUGAUGUCAAGAGAUUGAUCGGUAGAAAAUUCGAGGAUAAAGAGGUCCAGAAGGAUAUGAAACUGGUCCCAUACAAGAUUGUGAACAAAGAUGGAAAGCCUUAUAUUCAGGUAGAGAUCCAAGAUGGAGAACAGAAGGUCUUUAGCCCUGAGGAAGUCAGUGCUAUGAUUUUGACUAAAAUGAAGGAGACUGCAGAGGCUUUUCUUGGCAAGAAGAUCAAGGAUGCUGUUGUCACCGUACCUGCUUACUUUAAUGAUGCACAACGUCAAGCAACUAAGGAUGCUGGCGUGAUUGCUGGGUUGAAUGUUGCUCGUAUCAUCAAUGAGCCUACCGCUGCAGCAAUUGCUUACGGUUUGGAUAAGAGGGGUGGUGAGAAAAACAUUAUCGUCUUUGAUCUUGGUGGUGGCACAUUUGAUGUCAGUAUCUUGACAAUUGAUAAUGGAGUUUUUGAGGUUUUGGCCACAAAUGGUGAUACCCAUCUUGGAGGUGAGGACUUUGACCAGAGAAUCAUGGAGUAUUUCAUUAAAUUGAUCAAGAAGAAGCAUGGAAAGGACAUUAGCAAGGAUAACAGAGCUUUGGGAAAACUAAGAAGGGAGAGUGAGCGUGCCAAAAGAGCAUUGAGUAACCAACAUCAGGUCCGCGUGGAGAUUGAAUCUCUCUUUGAUGGUAUAGAUUUCUCAGAGCCUUUGACAAGGGCUCGUUUUGAGGAAUUAAACAAUGACCUCUUCAGGAAAACAAUGGGUCCUGUUAAAAAGGCCAUGGAUGAUGCUGGUCUAGAGAAGAGUCAGAUCCAUGAAAUUGUUCUUGUUGGUGGUAGUACUCGCAUUCCCAAGGUCCAGCAACUUCUCAGGGACUUCUUUGAUGGCAAAGAGCCCAACAAGGGUGUCAAUCCUGAUGAGGCUGUUGCUUUUGGGGCUGCUGUUCAAGGAAGUAUUCUUAGUGGAGAAGGUGGAGAGGAAACUAAAGAGAUCCUUUUGUUGGAUGUGGCUCCUUUGACUCUUGGUAUUGAGACUGUUGGAGGAGUGAUGACAAAACUUAUUCCAAGGAACACUGUUAUUCCCACGAAGAAGUCUCAAGUCUUUACAACCUAUCAGGAUCAGCAAACAACUGUCUCAAUUCAGGUCUUUGAAGGUGAACGCAGUUUGACAAAGGAUUGUAGAGAACUUGGGAGAUUUGAGCUUACUGGCAUUCCUGCAGCUCCAAGGGGAGUUCCUCAAAUUGAAGUUACCUUUGAGGUGGAUGCCAAUGGUAUUUUGAAUGUUAAAGCAGAGGAUAAAGGCACUGGAAAAUCUGAGAAGAUCACCAUCACAAAUGACAAAGGAAGACUGAGCCAAGAGGAAAUUGAAAGAAUGGUUAAGGAGGCAGAGGAGUUCGCCGAGGAGGACAAGAAGGUCAAGGAGCGAAUUGAUGCUCGUAACGGUUUGGAGACUUAUGUGUAUAACAUGAAGAACACAAUCAAUGACAAAGACAAGCUAGCUGACAAAAUUGAAUCAGAUGAUAAAGAAAAAAUGGAAUCGGCCUUGAAGGAAGCCCUUGAAUGGUUGGACGAAAACCAGUCAGCUGAGAAGGAAGACUAUGAUGAAAAACUCAAGGAAGUAGAAGCUGUAUGCAACCCUAUUGUGACCAAAGUGUACCAACAAUCAGGAGGUCCUACAGCAGGAGGAGAAGAUGAAGAUGAAGAUUCUCACGAAGAGCUUUAGAUUAAAUUCUAGAUUGAAAUCGUUUUUGUUGCAUUGAAUCUUCUGUCACAAGUAACAUAAAGCACAAAUAACUAUUUAAAAGAUUCUAUGUGGUAGCAUAGGUUAACUUUGUAACAUUCAACCUGGUCAGCCAUGGAAAAAUCAAUUUUUUGCAGAAUGAGAAAUCUGGUUGCGAGUCUGACACCUACCAUUUGGCACUGUUGUGCCUAUGAGGAGCCUUUUGAGCUCUUUUGAAUGAAAUAUUUUUUAAGAAUUUUGAAUAUAAAGUUUUCUCUAUUCGGAUA